CUACAACCUUGCUGCAAACUUGUAAGGAGGUGUGAAACUUGCUUCGGUGCCUGUGCUUGUCCACCGCAAAGGCGGCACCGGUCCAACAUGAAAUCAGCCUUUGUUUUGCUGACUGCGUUGGUAGCCUUGACAGCCUAUUACGUGUACCUGCCCUUACCCAGCACAGUGUCGGAUCCCUGGAAGCUCAUGCUGCUGGAUGCCACUUUCAGGGCAACCCAGCAAAUGCUGGUAGUAGUAGGUCCUUUAUCUUCUCUGGGCAAGAUGCAUAAACAAAGUGCAAGAGGUCAAAUACCAGAAUUGCAUCCUGAGGCCUCUUUCUUCUUUUGUAGGUACAGGCUGGUACCAGAGGUUCAUUUCCCUGAGCAAUUCCACGAUACUUUACGUGCAACGAAGUAUUUUCUGCGGUCUGACAUCCUAGCUAAAUACUCAGUUGACCCAGGUCGAAUUGCAAUUUCUGGUGAUAGCGCAGGAGGAAAUUUGGCUGCUGCUGUGUGCCAGCAGCUUAGUCUAGAUGACAGUGUGACCAACAAACUGAAGCUGCAGGCUUUAAUCUAUCCAGUCCUUCAGGCAUUGGACUUUAACACUCCUUCAUACCAGCAGAACACUGACAUGCCUGUUCUUCCUCGCUUCGUCAUGGUGAAGUUUUGGAUAGACUAUUUCAAUGGUAACUAUGACUUUGCCCCCUCAAUGCUGAUCAACAACCACACUUCCCUGGACGUAAGCCAGGCUGUUUAUUUCAGGGGACGUCUGAACUGGACUUCUCUCCUGCCUUCGACGUUCAAAAAGAAUUACAAACCUGUGAUACAACCCACAGGGAAGGCCGAAAUCAUCCAGGAAAUACCUGCACUACUUGACAUACGUGCAGCUCCAUUGCUAGCAGAAAAAGAAAUUUUCCAGCUUCAGCCAAAGACCUACAUCCUGACUUGCGAGAAUGAUGUCCUGAGAGAUGAUGGAAUAAUGUAUGCCAAACGGUUGGAGAGCACAGGUGUGGAGGUCACACUUGAUCACUUUGAUGACUGCUUUCAUGGCUGCAUGAUCUUUACUAUUUGGCCUACCAAUUUCUCUUCAGGACAUCGGACCAGGGACAGUUACAUAAAGUGGCUUGCUGAAAACCUGUGAAGAAAGUGAGUCCUCUCUAGAAGGCACAUAACAGUCGACCUAAAGCUCACUGCUUCAAAAACAAAAAAGUUGUGCACUUUUAGGCUAUCUAAUUUCAUUUGUUCAAGAUUAUGUCAUAGAGCUUCUGUUGCAAGAAGUAGCGUGUCACUAACUACUUGGUUAAUAGCUGAUUAGCCUUGUCCAGCAUUGCAAUUUGCUAAAUACUUAUUAAACACUGUUGUAUGCAGUGUAGUUGUAGCCAUGUCGGUCCCAGGAUAUUAGACACACAAGGUGGGUAAGGUAAUGUCUUUCAUUGGACCAACUUCUGUGGGUGAGGGAGACAAGCUAUUGAGCCACACAGAGCUCUUCUUCAGCUCUGGUGGGAAAGGUACUCCCAGCAUCACAGCAAAAUGCAAGGUGGAACAGAUUGUUUUUCAUAAAUAGUUAGCACAUAUGCUAAGGGACCAUUUAAGGCAGAGUGGCCCAUUAACACCUCCUCAGUCAUAGGACAAAAAGGGGGGGUUAGUGGGUUACAGAUUGUUGUAAUAAGCCAUAAAUCCAGUGUCUCUGUUCAGUCCAUGAUUUUUAGUGUCUAGCUGAGUAAUGAAUUUAAAUUUUUGAUGCUCAGAGUACCUUUCCCAGACCUGAAGAGCAGCUCUAUGUGAUUCAAAAACUUGACUCUCUCACCAGCAGAAGUUGGUCCAAUAAAAGAUAUUAUCUCAUCCACCUUGUCGCGCCAUUAAAAACUAAUCAGUUGUAGAUUCAGAUGUGACAUCAAUUGCAGCCAUGCUGAAUGAACACUGAGCAGUUCUCAACAAGAAAAUCAGUGUUCCUCAAACUUAUGCUUAUUGGUCACAUUUUUCAAGUUUGGGUGCAUAACAUUAGGUACCAACGCCACAAUUUUUAGUUAACGGUUUUUUGGUUUUAGGCACUUAAAUAAGGGUAGCCUGAUUUUCAGAGGUGCUGAGCAUUUAAAAAUUCCACUGAUGUCAAGGGAAGCUGUGGUGCUCACCAACUUUGAAAAUCAAGCCACUUAUUUAGGUGCUUAAACAUGGAUUUAGGUGCUGGCCUUUAAGCACACAGAUUUAUAGGUUUUUUAAAAAAACAGUUCCAACUUCAAGGCAUUUUAAAGCAUGCUAAGCAAGCCUUUUACCCAAAAAUGUAACAACUUUGGAAUCUGGUCCUUUUUUGAAACAAGCACAGUGCUGAAAAAAAUAUUGUAAAAAAGAAUGAAGCAUCUGUUGACUUUAACGGACAUUGAUCCUAUACACAGACAAAGCAGUCUGCACGCUUAUAUGUAGGACCAAUGGAAACUCCACCAAAUGCAGAUUCCAUAUGUGAAUUUACAUCUUUAAAUUUGAUUACAUUUUUGCCAAAGGUUGUGACUAUGCCUGCCUUUAAAAUUUCAGCUUUAUGACCACUUUAGAGAAAAUAUGAAAAUACUAACAAAUAAAAAAGCCCUCUGUGUGGUUUGCACUGA